CCGGUCGCCAUACUUGUGGUGCUUAACAAUAGCAGCAGCACAGAUAGAACAAGGACCGAUUUCUAAAUAUAUUUGGCAGAAGUGUGCAGAAAUUGUAUGGCAUCUACCUACUUUUGUUCCUUAUUGUGGAUAGCUAUUUAUGUGUAAAACAAAAAAUGUCGAAACGACAUCGUUUGGGUUUGGGAGAUUGUUAUUCAUCGAGUGAAAAGAGAGUCUUCUGAUGGGUGUGUAUAGGGAAUAAUAGGGAGAGGAUCCUUUGUUUUCGUGUUUGAUGGGCACUGCAGUGCAGGAGUUUUUUGGGGGGCUACAGCUAACGUCGCUCGCAUGCUAUCUAGCUAGAUAAAAUGUAAAUGGCGAAUGGACAAAACGUCCAGGGACGUGCAUGCGGCGGAAAAGUAUUCUAGUCUAGUUACGUUAGUUAGCUAGUCUUUUAAAUAAACACGCAGUAUAAGCUAACAUAGCUAGGAAGCUCCUAAACCAGGCUAACGUUACAGAACAGUGCAAAAUAUGCAUCAUACAUGCACGUGGGUAGCCUCCUGCGCGUGGCCAUAAGUUGUCAGAGGACAUCAACGUGGUGCUGAAACACAUGGCCAACUUUGUCAGAACAAGAUUCAUUCAGCGAGACCGCGACAGGGACCGCGACGAGCGGUCGAAGGACAGGGACAGAGACCGGGAUGCCAAGCCCUCUGGCAUGGCCCUGAACCCGGCUGUUGGCAGCGCAGGCCUCUCCCACAAGCAGACGGCCAUGCAGCAGCAAAUCAACCCAUUCACCAACCUGCCCCACACGCCGCGUUACUACGAGAUCCUGAAGAAGAGGCUACAGCUGCCAGUGUGGGAGUACAAGGAGCGCUUCAACGACAUCCUGGGACGCCACCAGAGUUUCGUGCUCGUCGGAGAGACGGGCUCCGGCAAGACCACGCAGAUCCCCCAGUGGUGUGUGGACAUGGUUAAGGGGUUGGGCGGACCUAAGAAGGCAGUGGCCUGUACCCAGCCCAGGAGGGUGGCAGCCAUGAGCGUGGCCCAGAGGGUGGCCGACGAGAUGGACGUCAUGCUGGGCCAGGAGGUCGGUUACUCCAUUCGAUUCGAGGACUGCAGCUCGGCCAAGACCUUCCUCAAGUACAUGACAGACGGUAUGUUGCUGCGGGAGGCCAUGAACGACCCUCUGCUGGAGCGCUACGGCGUCGUCAUCCUGGACGAGGCCCACGAGAGAACACUUGCCACAGACAUCCUCAUGGGCGUCCUCAAAGAGGUGGUCCGACAGAGGUCAGACCUCAAGGUCAUCGUCAUGAGCGCCACGCUGGAUGCCGGCAAGUUCCAGGUGUACUUUGACAGCUGUCCGCUGCUGACCAUCCCUGGACGCACGCACCCGGUAGAGAUCUUCUACACGCCGGAACCUGAGAGGGACUACCUGGAGGCAGCCAUCCGCACCGUUAUCCAGAUCCACAUGUGUGAAGAGGAGGAGGGCGACUGUCUGCUCUUCCUCACUGGACAAGAGGAAAUCGACGAGGCCUGCAAGCGCAUCAAGAGGGACAUCGACGACCUGGGACACGACGCGGGGGACAUCAAAAUCAUCCCGUUGUACUCGACGCUGCCGCCCCAGCAGCAGCAAAGGAUCUUUGAGCCGCCACCACCCCGCAAGCCCAACGGAGCCAUCGGGAGGAAGGUCGUGGUUUCGACAAACAUCGCUGAGACAUCCCUGACCAUUGACGGUGUGGUGUUUGUAAUUGAUCCCGGAUUUGCCAAGCAAAAGGUGUAUAACCCUCGUAUCAGAGUGGAGUCCCUCCUGGUGACGGCCAUCAGCAAAGCCUCGGCCCAGCAGAGGGCGGGGCGCGCCGGGAGGACACGCCCAGGGAAGUGCUUCCGCCUCUACACAGAGAAGGCCUACAAGACCGAGAUGCAGGACAACACGUAUCCAGAGAUUUUGAGGUCCAACCUGGGUUCGGUCGUGCUGCAGCUCAAGAAGCUAGGUAUCGACGACUUGGUCCAUUUCGACUUCAUGGACCCACCAGCACCGGAAACCCUGAUGCGGGCCCUGGAGCUGCUCAACUACGUGGCGGCGCUCAACGAUGACGGCGACUUGACGGAGCUAGGCUCCAUGAUGGCCGAGUUCCCCCUAGACCCGCAGCUAGCCAAGAUGGUGAUUGCCUCCUGCGAGUUCAACUGCUCCAAUGAGAUCCUGUCCAUCACAGCCAUGCUGUCAGUCCCACAGUGCUUCGUACGACCCACGGAGGCUAGGAAGGCGGCCGACGAGUCCAAGAUGCGUUUCGCCCACAUUGACGGAGACCACCUGACCCUCCUCAAUGUCUACCACGCCUUCAAACAGAACCAUGAGUCGACACAGUGGUGCUACGACAACUUUGUGAACUACAGGUCGCUGAUGUCGGCCGACAACGUGCGCCAGCAGCUGUCCCGGAUCAUGGACCGCUUCAGCCUGCCCCGCCGCAGCACAGAGUUCACCAGCAGAGACUACUACAUCAACAUUCGCAGAGCGCUGGUCACAGGAUUCUUCAUGCAGGUAGCCCAUUUGGAGCGUACAGGCCACUACCUGACUGUGAAGGACAACCAGGUGGUCCAGCUGCACCCCUCCACUGUGCUGGACCACAAGCCGGAGUGGGUGAUGUACAAUGAGUUUGUGCUGACCACCAAAAACUACAUCCGCACCUGCACCGACAUCAAACCAGAGUGGCUGGUGAAAAUCGCCCCGCAGUACUAUGAGAUGGGAAACUUCCCCAACUGUGAAGCCAAGAGACAGUUGGAGCGCAUCAUAGCUAAACUCUCAACCAAGGAAUACUCUCAGUACUAACACAAGUGUGUAUGACAACAAUACCACCAGCACUAAGGGCAUCUGAACUCUUUAUCUGAGCACUCUUCAUUUUCUUCAAAAGCCUUUUCUUCUCAUUGGUUCAUAAUGUAUUAUUUUCAUACUUUUUGUUUGGGUCUUCCUUAUUUUGACCACCUGUAGUCAUUUGUGAUUAACAGGUGGUUGGCACUGCGGCCGAUCCGGGUAGGAGUUAGCAGUCAACACAGUUACUGCCAUUGACCAUGGUAAAGCAUGACCAUUUAUGUAGACAUUCCUUUUUAGAAAGUGUGAACUCUUACUGAAAUGUACUUAGGUAGAGACAUUCCAUGCUAAUUCAUUGAACCAACUUUGACUUCAAUUUAAGGAAAAUACCAGCGUGGACGGUUUAGCACCCACCGUCUUGCUACCAGACUUUGGUGUUAUGUUAGGGGGAGGGGCUCAAUAGAAAUGAAAUGUUGAAAUGUUAAAAACGUGAUUGUCUUGUGUUUCAUAUAUUGUUUUUGAGGUUGGAAUAAUACUGUGAAAAUGAUAAUGCCCUUUUAGUGUAAGAGCUGUUUGAAAAGAGCCUGACAUUUCAGCCUGUUUUGAUGGGAUGGACUUUUAUAAAUUAGUUGAUAGACCAAUAAGAAAGAGUUCCAAACCUCUGUCAAUAACAGCUAGUUUUCCGUUUUCCCCUCACCACUCAGACCACUUCCAGAUAGUCCAAGCUAAGUUCUUGCUUGAGAAAUUGCUUUCUUUUUGACCAUUUUAAUUGAAAACUAUCACAGUAAGGUACUUAUUUAAUAAGAAAGGUUUGAUAUUGAUAUAAAAACAGAUGCAUAGGGCCUUUAAUGUAUGUUAAUGGACACAGGGGAGAUCCCCUUGUGUGAACAAAUGUGAGAUUCUAGUGGUGUGCAGACUGGGAAAUCACCUGGUCAUCCAUUUUAAAUAACAUGAAUAAACUGUAAUAAUUUGUAA